GUACCCGGGGCCAUGUCAUGGCCGCUGAGCCAGAGGAGCGACUUGGCCAAUGACAACAGCUGCCCAGGGCUGAGUUUGGUGCUGCGGGUGCCACACAGUGAGCUUCUGAACGGCACGCUGCCGUGCCAAGCCUCGCCCCCAGAGCACCUCCCCUGCACCUGCCGUGCUCAGCAGGGUGCCCUGGGGCCAGGACCGCCAUCUAGGGAGGAGCCCGCCAAUGUCAAGUGGGUGAAGGACGGGCAGAACCAGCUGCGCCAGGCGGCCGAGCAGGACCAGAACCGCAAUGAGCUUGGCCCCCUCGCCACGGUGCUGCUCAGUGACCUGCCGCGGGGGGGCCCGGAGGAGGAGGAGGAGGAGGAUGGUGACUCCACCCCAGUACAGAGUGACCCCAUCACGGCCGAGUCAGAGCAGAGCUUGGAGCGCGGGUCCCGCGAGCACGGCAAGAGUGCCAGCCUGCUCUUCGGCCCACGGGCCAGCGCCGCCAGUGACGAGGACUCCAGCUGGGCCACGCUGAGCCAGGGCAGCCCGGCUGGAAGCUCCCCCGAUGACACAGACGCUGCCUGGGCCCGCAACGCCUUCGAGACGGACUCGGACCUACCUGCUGGAUGGGUGAGGGUGCAGGAUGCCUCGGGCACCUACUACUGGCACAUCCCCACGGGCACCACGCAGUGGGAGCCGCCCACAGACCUGGGCCAGGUCGAGGGGGGCCGUGGCCCCGAUCGUGACUCCCAGGGGAAUACGCCCACUGAGGAGCAGCAGGCCACGACCCCUACUGGCUGGUUUCUGUCCCGCUCUCUGCAGCUCACCUGGACGGGCUUUGUGGAGGCCGAGCGCUUGGCGGAUGCCGAGGGCAGGAAGGACGUCCCGUCGGAAGAGGAGACCCUGGAGCUCGGGCAGCAGGACUUGGAGCAACCCACCCUGCACCUGGCACUGCUGAGCCUCAGAGCGCCGAAAGCCAAGGAACAGAUGCUGCAUCUGGGCUCGCCCCUGGGCUCCAAGAGCUUCCCGGUGCGGUCGCUGGGCUGGGUGGAGAUGAGCGAGGAGGAGCUGGCGCCAGGCAAGAGCAGCGCGGCCGUGAACUCCUGCAUCCGCCAGCUGGCCGGCCGCGGGGUCCCCCCGCCGGGGGGCUGGGACCAGGGCCGGGCCAUGCUGCUGCUCCUGGACCACGAGACGCUGCGGCUGCUGGAGCCAGUGGAGCGGACGCUGUUGCAUGCCCAGCCCGUGGCCAGCAUCCGCGUGUGGGGCGUCGGCCGGGACGAUGGCAGGGACUUUGCCUAUGUGGCCCGGGACCCACUGACUCAGAUGCUGAAAUGCCACGUCUUCCGGUGUGAGACACCAGCCAAGCUCAUUGCCACCAGCCUGCAGGCCGUCUGCUCCCAGGUGAGACCCCCCCCAACCUCCCUGGGCCCCCCCGAACCUCCCCAACUUCCCCCCCAUCGCCACCAGCCUGCAGGCUGUCUGCUCCCAGGUGAGACCCCCCAACCUCCCCGGGCCCCCCCCGAGCCCUCCCAACUUCCCCCCCCAUUGUCACCAGUCUGCAGGCCGUCUGCUCCCAGGUGAGACCCCCCAACCUCCCCGGGCCCCCCCCGAGCCCUCCCAACUUCCCCCCCAUCGCCACCAGCCUGCAGGCUGUCUGCUCCCAGGUGAGACCCCCCCAACCUCCCCAGGCCCCCCCGAAUCCUCCCAACUUCCCCCCCAUCGCCACCAGCCUGCAGGCCGUCUGCUCCCAGGUGAGACCCCCCCAACCUCCCUGGGCCCCCCCCGAACCUCCCC